AUGAAUAUACUUAUAGACGAUGCGUCUCCUCAGAUACAGUAUUAUAAAGGGGAUUCGUUGAGUGUUGGAUGGAUAACUGAGCAUACGCCUAAAUCGAAAUUCCCUGAUACGCUCACUUCUAGGUAUAGCGAAUCGACCUUUCAUGGAACUUUUGGAGAGGGCGAUUAUAUGGAAUAUAGAAUUAAUGGUACUGGAGUAACAGUAUAUGGAGCGAAAAGGGAUAAUCAUGGUGUCUAUGGUGUGCAAAUCGAUAAUAAUCCAGAGGAAAGAUAUGAUGGGGAAGGAAAAAAUAAUUUCCAGGCUGUAAUGUAUCAGAAGAUGGGUCUGGACGAAGGUGUAGAACAUGUUAUCAGAAUGACGAACUACCCAUCUGCGACCCCGAAUGCAACACGAGAUAUAUGGUUUGAUAUCGAUCAUAUCAUAAUCACCCAUACGAUCCCGUCCACAAUGUACACGAGUUACAUCGACGAUGCUUCGCCUUCCAUCUCAUAUGAUACAAGCUGGGUGUCUUACGGGUAUGGUACAGGCGGUUAUUAUAAUCUGACGGAACAUAUGAGUUCCACAACAGGUUCGAUCAUGGAACUAAAGUUCAAUGGCUCGUCGAUCCAGCUCUUUGCGAGUAUCAACACCGAUCACGGUGACUACACGAUAAGCUUAGAUGGAGGUGAUCAAGAAGUAUACAGCGGAAACAAUUGGCAAUUGGUAUAUCAAGUACCUAUAUACACAGUAUCCGGCUUAACGGAAGGUGGACAUACCAUCACAAUCACCAAUCAAGGAGUCUCCCCUCAGAAUGUCGUCGGAUUUGAUUUCGCCAUGGUCAACUCGAGUGUGAAACCACCUGAGACCGAAUCUAUCGGAAUGUCAAGUACAGGUUAUACUUCUCCACCCACUUCUUCUAUAACGGCGGGUGCUGGCAGUACCUCUUCGGGACAGUCAAGCUCAUCUCUCAAUAUCGGGGCGUUAGCCGGUGGAAUAUCAGCAGGGGUUGUCUUACUUGCUUUGAUCAUCGUUCUGGUCAUAUGGUUUUUCACGAGAAGGAAGAAAGUUGAAGAUACAACACCAUAUUAUUCAGAGGGUUAUCGACCUGGUGAGCCAUCUACCGGUAGAUUGGAUUUAAUAGGUCACGAAAUUCAAUCUCCUUCGGCUCAAGCACCUACUACGGCCUCUCAUUCUCACUCUAAUCCCGAUUGGACUAGCUAUCAUAGUGAAGCAGCUAUAGGUGCCGGUGCAGCGAGUCUGAGAGAUAGAAAGGGACAUAACUUCCAACCUUCCAAUCCGAUCUCAAGUGGAUCACCAAUCUUACCUCCAAAUAUGAGAGAGGUGAAUCAUCACGACCAUCCAUUCUUGCAGAAUAUGCACUCACGACUUCCCCCUGGGGCUCAGGCUCAGACUCACGGUUCAUCACCUCAUUCACAAUCUGGUUCAUCUUCGUCACCCGAUUCACACUCCAACUCGACCUCGUAUCAAUCACCUUCACCUCGGAAUGGUAAUACUUCACCAUUCCAACACUUUACAAAUCAUUCACGAAACAAUACUUUGUCUUCUUCAUCACCUUUGACCAACUCACCAUCGACUUCCCAUCAUUAUCAUUCACCCUCACCAAGCGAUCAACUGCAGUACCAUUCGCCUGUGUCGGCAGGAGGAUUAACUGGUGUAUAUCAUUCACUUUCACCGAAUGCAAGUGGAAGUAGAAAUAGAACCUUACCUCGUACAUUUGGUGAAUCGCCCAUAUCAGACGAUGGUAAUAAAGGCAUACACCGAAGUCCAAGCUCAAGCAAUGAUCAUUCCCAUUCCCAUUCUCAAACGAGGAUAAGGGACGCAUACGAUAAUCCUUCACCUUAUACUACUGCUCAUGCGGGACCUACCCCACCUUAUCAUUCGCCCAAAUCGAAGAGCAUGGCUCCUCUUGAAGUGCAGCCCGACCUGGACGAUAACGUAAAUGAUGCAAGGAGGAAUGAAAGAGCAGGAGGAGGAUUUGCUUGGGGCUAG